AUGCUUUCAGCUCAAACAGGUAUUUUAGAGCAAGUCGACGGCUCGUGCAAGCUUCAAUGUGGUGAAACGACGGUGAUAUGCUCAGUUACAGGCCCCAUAGAGCCCAAGGCUAGACAAGAACUGCCGGCACAACUAGCACUGGAAAUAGUGGUUAGACCCUGUCGAGGCGUUCCCAGUACCCGAGAAAAGUUAUUAGAGGACCAAGUCCGUGGAGUGAUAACGCCUGUGCUAGCACGGUAUCUAUAUCCCAGACAAUUGGCUCAAGUGUGUUUCCAAAUUCUGGAAAGCGGGGAGCCAGAGGAGAACUACAGCGUCAAAGAGCUCAGUGCAUGUAUAAACGCAGCUUUUGUAGCAAUAGUGGAUGCAGGGAUUGGUCUUAAGUUUUCAUUCGCAAGUGUACCUCUCUCGGUACUUGGUGAGGACGAACAGAUUUGUGUAGACCCAUCACAGACCGACCUGAUCAAAUCGAGCUCUACACACGUCCUAGCAUUACAACUGGCGGCUGGUGGCCAAAAAGUUGAAAACAUUUUGUUGUUCGAGAGCUAUGGGGACUUUACUGAGAAGUCGAUGCUUCAGGUCCUGCAGUCUGGUGAAAAAGCAUGUGUUGAGACCGCACUAGAAUUGCGUAAAGUCAUUCAACAUAAAAUCCAGCAGGAUUUUGUGUGGCGAUAG